AUGUUAUGGCUAACAGUGAUAAGGUCUCAGAGCUUCUGGAGGUGUCUACUCAACAAAUCAACCUGCCUUACCUCACCUACUUUCUUACCAAAGGUGAAGGAUCAAGGGAAGUUCACUCUCCCUUGCACACUUGGCCAUAUUGAGCUUGACAAUGCCUUGGUGGAUUCUGGUGCAAGCAUCAACCUGAUCUCCCUCACAAUGGCAGAAAAGCUAGGCAUUGCUGGAGCAUUGCAGCGCACUACUACCUCAAUCAUGUUUGGAGAUGCAACUUCCAAGUCUCCUCUUGGCGUGUUCAAGAACUAUCACUUGAAAAUAGGAGAAUGCAUCAUCCAAACUGACAUCACUGUCAUGGAGAUGGAAGAAGAGAAGGAUCUACCUCUGCUAUUGGGAACCCCAUUCCUUAGCACAGUUGGCGCUUCAAUAGACUUUCACAAACAAGAAGUGAUUCUUCACAAGGUGAAUAGUUUGGUGUCUUGUCGCUUGCAGCCUAGAGGAUCAGACUUUUGUGCCACUAUUGAAAGCACUCCUCUCAGUUCCAAGCCUCCUGAAGCUGCCAAGGUUGUGAAAGAAAAGGUUGACAAGGAGCCAAAAGUUGUGAGAGAUAAGGUUGAGAAAGAUAAGGUGGACAAGGAUCAAAGAGUUGAUAAGGGACCAAGGAUUGAGAAACCACGCCUUGAGAGGCCACGAGUUGAGAGACCACGAUCUGAUAAGCCACGAGCUGAUAGACUUGUUCAAGCACCAUGUGUCCUUAAUGAGGAAAGCCUGCAAGCUUUGUUUGAUGAGCCACUAGGAAGCGCUCAAAAAGAAGGGGAGGAUGCAGCCUCAAAGGAACUUGUGGGAGAGAAAAGAAAGGACCCACCAGCUCAGGAUGAACCCUUCGGUUGUCACUGCUCACAAGAAGAUUUGACUUCUCCAAAAGUUCAACAAGUGGCAAAGGAAGGCAAUGAAGAAGAUGCAAAAGUCCAUGGACAAGAUGGAGUCGAUCCCUCCUCACUACACCAAGGAGACUCCCAGCCCAAGACCCUCCCAGAGCCUCAUCGUUUGAACCAAGAGAAGCAUGAGAUAGCACACAAAAGAGAAGGAAGAGUUCAAGAGUUAGACGCUCUGACUCGACCAGCGGACUCGAUCGAGUCCAAACAGAGGAAACUCAAUUCGGUCGAGCUGAUGGUCGAGUUGACAUGGAGAAACCUGAAUUCGAGAACCCUGGGUUUGAAUACGACCCAGCGCCUUACCAGGACUAUCCUCACGAUUUUUCAAUAA